ACUCCGCCCGCCCACAGUAGUCGAACGGAUUCUCGAACGGGUUCGCAUCUCGACUCACACCGCAAUCAUGGCUGACCAGGAAUAUAACGCUGAGGAGGCUGCCGAGCUCAAGAAGAAGAGAGCCUUCCGCAAGUUCUCGUACCGUGGAGUCGACCUUGACCAGCUCCUCGACCUCUCCUCCGAAGAACUCCGCGACCUCGUCCAUGCCCGUGCACGUCGUCGGUUCAACCGCGGCCUGAAGCGCAAGCCCAUGGGCCUCAUCAAGAAGCUCCGCAAGGCCAAGCAGGAGGCUAAGCCCAACGAGAAGCCCGACCUCGUCAAGACUCACCUCCGUGACAUGAUUGUCGUUCCCGAGAUGAUCGGCAGCGUCAUCGGUAUCUACUCUGGCAAGGACUUCAAUCAGGUUGAGAUCAAGCCUGAAAUGGUUGGCCACUACCUUGGAGAAUUCUCCAUCUCAUACAAGCCCGUCAAGCACGGAAGGCCGGGUAUCGGUGCCACCCACUCUUCUCGUUUCAUCCCUCUCAAAUAAAUGCUCUGGUUCCUCGGUUACAUGGGUUCUUUGGCGGGUGGAAGAAAAUGUACUUCAUGACCUACAAUGAACAUCUGGUGUUAGGUGCAUCAUCAUGCGUACCAUGUCACAACUUGAUUCGGCUCAAGCACUGUGAAACGCAUAUACCAAUAGGCAGGAUUGUAGAGUGCAUGUAGACCUCUACUAACUACAUUUUCCCGCUUCAAUC